AUGAAAAAUUAAGGAGUUUAAACUAUAGAGUCAGGAGCUUAUAAUUACUUUUUGUUACCUCCUAUAACUGAACCUUUAAAAUCAGGAAUAUCUUAAAUGAUAUAAUUUAAGAACUCUUAAUAAAAAUUCAAAUUAAGAUCAACUGAUUCUAAACCAACAAUUUCAUUAAAAUAGGAAUAAAUAAAGGAAGGAAGGAGAAAUAAAGAGUUAGUUCUACAUCAACUACAUUUACCCUUAAUAAAGCCUGAAUUACACAUUGCCUAAUCGAAAAUGAAAGAAUAAAUUGUUUCAUCAAAUAGGCUCAUUGAUAAUAUUUAACUAAUCAGCUGUGGAUCAAGAGCAAGGAAUCUAUCUAACAAUGAUUAAAUCAAUAAAACAGAGAGAUUACACUAAUUUUCGAUUCGAGGAACGCAAAGUUAAAUCUAAGGUAGAAUACUUACUUGA